AUGACGCCCGGGGUUUGCGCGCUCAGAGCUCCACAGCUCGAGCUGGAGUGUGUGGGCGUGGCUGCCGCCAGGCUCCCUGACACGGAGACCUCGUGGGUGCGGGCGCGCCCCGCACUCCAGCCGUCCAGACCCCAGCCCCGCGCGCCCCAGCCCGCGCCCCAGCCGCCCGGACCCCCGCACUUCAGCCCCGCGCCCCAGCCGCCCGGACCCCCGCACUUCAGCCCCGCGCCCCAACCCCGCACUCCAGCCGCCCGGACCCCAGCCCGCGCCCCCCAGCCCCGCCCCCCAGCCCCGCGCCCCAGCCGCCCGGACCCCAGCCCGCGCCCCCCAGCCCCGCACUCCAGCCCCGCGCCCCGGCUCGCGCCCCAGCCCCGCGCCCCAGCCCCGCGCCCCAGCCCCGCGCCCCGCGCCCCCAGCCCCGCACUCCAGCCCCGCGCCCCAGCCGCCCGGACCCCAGCCCCGCGCCCCAGCCCCGCACUCCAGCCGCCCGGACCCCAGCCCGCGCCCCAGCCUUGCGCCCCGCACUCCAGCCCCGCACUCCAGCCCGCACCCCAGCCGCCCGGGCCCGAGGCCACUCGCUCCGAGCCAACCCGCGCCCGCGGCGCCCCCAGCGCUAGGACAGAAACUGCGCUUCCAGCCCUGCUUGGAGGAGACUACAGCGUCCCCCGGCCAGCGCCGUCAGGCGGGGAAGCCGUCAAGCGCCUCCGAGAAUUCCGCAGAGACCUCGGAAAGAAAGAACGGAGGGGCCGGCAGCGGCCGGGGCAGCGCCCGGCCAGCCGCGGGAUGACACCGGCCAAGCCGCAGGGACCCGGCGCCCCCGAUCGCGCCCACAGCCGCCGGCCGCCCGGAGGUACCUGUUCCGAACGCCGGGGCCGGCGACAGCGGGCGGCGGGCGGCGGGCGGCGGGCGGGGCCCGCUGAGGCCCCGGAGCCUAGGCCUCGCUCCGGGGCCCGCGCGCCGGCGGGCACCGGCCCUCGGCUGGCCGCCGGGACAGCCGCGGCUCCGCGCGCUCCCAGGCCGCUGAGGCGGUGGCACCUGAGGCGCAGCCCGGGCCGCCUCCGCCCAUCGCCCGGGGCGCGGACGCCGCUCUCAUGA